CUCUACUCUUUUAUCCGGUCACCAGAAACUACGCUUAAAAACAAUAUAUAAAAGAAAUUUAGAUAUAUUCACAUUUCUCUGCACUUCUACACAACUCUACUCUCUUCUCCGGUCACCAGAAAAAAAUGUCCGGCACCGAUCUCUCACUCCUCUUACUUCUCUCACUCAUCCUCCUCUUAAUAUUCCUAAAACUCAUAACCCGCCCACACCCCACAAAAAUCCCAAUAAAAUCCCGCCACGUGUUCAUCACGGGCGGGUCCAGCGGCAUCGGCUUGGCGCUAGCACGCCAAGCCGUUGCCGAGGGUGCGCGCGUGACAAUCCUAGCACGUGACAUCACUAAACUAGAACAAGCCAAAGCCUCUAUCCGGGCUUCUACUGGAACAGAAAUUGAUAUUGUGUGUGCGGAUGUACUUGACUUUAACGCGGUUAAGACCGCGGUUGAGAGUGCGGGUGUGAUAGAUGUUUUGGUAUGUAAUCAUGGUGUGUUUUUUGCGUACGAGGUUGAGAACAUGGAGAUGAAUAUGAUUGAAAAUAUUAUUGGUGUGAAUUUGAUUGGGAGUUUUAAUAUUGUUAAAGCCGCGUUGGCCGGAAUGAAGAAGAGGACGGAUCGGAGGCCGGUUUCGAUCGCGUUUAUGUCGUCGCAGUUGGGUCAGGUGGGCAUUUAUGGUUACACUGCUUAUUCAGCUAGUAAGUUUGGCCUAAGGGGUUUUGCAGAAGCAUUGCAACAAGAAGUUAUUGCUGAUGACAUUCAUGUUUCACUUAUAUUUCCACCCGAAACCGAUACACCUGCCCUUGCCGAAGAGAACAAAAGAAGGCCACCAUUGACAAACAUCAUAUUGGGAUCUUCGGGUUCAAUGAAAGCUGAUGAGGUGGCGAAGAAAGCCUUGAACGGCAUCAAAUCAGGAUCCUUUUUCGUCCACUGCAACUUUGAAGGAUACUUGAUGUCGAUAAUGACUGCGGGUCUGUCUCCACAGAGAUCAUAUCUCAUGGCGUUUGUUGAGGUGGUUUCUGUUGGCGUGUUACGUAUUGUUGCAUUGUGUUUUCAGUGGACUUGGUAUAGAAGCGUCGAAAAGUAUUAUGCGAAGAGCAAGCGCGCCUAAUGUUUGAAAAGAAUUGGAGUUUGUUGAAGAAAUUGUCACGGUCUAAUAAAUAAAGGGGUUAUUAUGUAAUUGUUUUAUGUUUAAGGGUUUGUUUGUGAAUGGUUAACUAACUAAUUAACAGACAGUUAGUUAGUUAAUUAGUUAAACCAAUGUACUUGAGUCUAAUCUGUAUGGACCAUCAAUGAUUUGAGUGAUAAUCUGGAAAUUGAAGUUAAUUUUGCUUAUA